ACAACUAAAGCAAAUCUUUUUGCUGACGACACAAGCCUUUCCUGUGAAGGGUUUAGUCCAUAUGUAAUUGAGAUCAAACUUAAUAAAGACAUUGAAAAUGUUCAUAGGUGGUUGACAGCUAACAAGCUCUCAUUAAAUAUGAAAAAGAUUGAAUUUAUGAUAAUAGGAUCAAGACGUCGCUUAGCUUCAAUUGAAAAUAGCCCA